UGCCUUGUAAGGCCGGGCAGCCGCACCCCGCCCCUGCCCCGAGUCCCGACCCGACGGCCGGCCCAAGUCCACGCAUCCAGCGAGCCUGAGCGCCUUCUCCAUACCAGGGAAACCCCACCCACCUGAAGCCAAGAUGUCCAGCAAGCGGGCCAAAGCCAAGACCACCAAGAAGCAGCCACAGCGGGCCACAUCCAGUGUCUUCGCAAUGUUUGACCAGUCCCAGAUCCAGGAGUUUAAGGAGGCUUUCAACAUGAUCGACCAGAACCGUGAUGGCUUCAUUGACAAGGAGGACCUGCACGACAUGCUGGCCUCGCUGGGGAAGAACCCGACAGACGAAUACCUGGAGGGCAUGAUGAGCGAGGCCCCAGGGCCCAUCAACUUCACCAUGUUCCUCACCAUGUUUGGGGAGAAGCUCAACGGCACCGACAUGUACCGGGAGGCACCCAUUGACAAGAAAGGCAACUUCAACUAUGUGGAGUUCACCCGCAUCCUCAAACAUGGUGCCAAGGACAAAGACGACUAGGCCACUCAGCACCCUGACACCCCGGCCCCUGCCAGUCACCCCUCCCCACACACACUUAUCCAUACCAGCUCCUUGCCCAUGACCCUCACUCAGGGAUCCCCCCUUUGAUGGGUUAGGGUCCCAGCUCCCAUGGAGGAAACAGGCCAGGAGAUGCACGUGCCGGGCUGAGGCAGGUGUUCCCACCAUGACCCCAGAGCCCUGGGCUGGAGUCUCUGACCCCUCCAAGGAAAGACCACCUUCUGGGGACAUGGGCUGGAGGGUAGGACCUGGAGGCACAGAGGAAAGGCCCCAUUCCUGGGCUGCUCCCCGAGGAGGAAGGGGCCCUGAGUCCUGGGAUCAAUACCACUUCACGGGCACCCCCACACAAACAGAAGCUCACCAAGGUCCCCUCCCUAUACCCUGACCGGCCACUGCUGCACAUCCACCCAGAGCACACCACCUGCCAUGGGAGCAUGCUCAGGAGUCACGGGCAGCAUGGACAUCUGCCCCAAAGGAGGCAGAAUCUCCAAUAGAGGGCUGAGCACUGCUUC